AAAAACCGAAAGGGGCGGCAGGCUGGCCGGAGAGAGAAAGACGACGGGAGGGGGCAGUGAAAGUAGAGCUGGGAUGCAGGCAGCGAAUCACAUGAGCAUGGAUCUGUUUACAAACUGAGAGCUCCAUAGAGGUAAAGUCAAAAGACGGGAACAAGCGCAAGACCAAAACGAAGGAUCGACACUUUCAUCUGAAGGAUUGAGCUGUGUCACGUAGCCUCAUUUAUGUUGGGCUUUAUAGCAGGAAUGCAGGUGAAGAAAUGAAGAGCUGCUUUCAACAAGAACACCGAGGCUGCUUGCUUGGCUGGCUUCGUUGCUGCCAUCCGUGUCCCUUCCCUAUGUAUCUCCAUAAUUGGCCACGGCAGGUUUUCACACCCAGAGAGGAAGAAAGCGACGUGGAUAUCUAAAAGAGGAGUGAAGACAAGAAAGCUAAGCCUCGUGACAAUGUUUUGAGUGGGAGACGAAGCUAAAGGUACUGCACAGUUAAAAAAAAAAAAAAAAAAACCCUUCAAGCACAGUGUUGUAUGGGAAUUGAAAUAUUUUUAUUCAUUGGGUUCCCUCUCCGCACUGUAGGGCUUCACUCUUCAAGACUUGUUAUUUUCUAGGUUGACAAGGACGUUUGAGAAUUUGAGUUUAAUCCCAUGGGAAUCAUGGAGUAAGUUUGUGCCAUAUUUUUGGGUGAAACAUCACUGACAUUGUAAUUGGAGGACAAAUAAGGAGCUAGUGAUGACUUCUUGAGAAACUGAUUGUCACUUUAGGGGAUAAAGUACUGUGACAUCAAGAACUGGAAAAUACAACUUUUUUGCUUUACAGAAGCAAUCACUAUCAAGUUGCGCCUUUGCGGAAUUAAUUACUCUUCUCCAAACAUUUCUUGACUUGGACAUCUGUACAAUCCACAAUAUUUCAUGCAACCUUUCCAGUGGUGCAACGGGUGUCGGUGUGACCUUGCAUUGCAGAACUCAGACCCCACCUGCAAGAUGACAUCUCGAGAGCUCUUCGAUUUGCCGCUUAAUGUCUAUAUCAUCAUUCUGGGCAUUGCCCUUUUUAUCCUAUUGGUCAUUUUCAUUUUCUGCUGCUACCUGUACAGACUCAGCCGGCAAAAUGCAAGAGAAUACUAUGGCUAUAAUGAGGUGGUUCUUAAAGGAGCUGGCAAAAAGCUGAACCUUGUUGGGCAAACAUGCGCUGUAUGUUUAGAAGAGUUUCGCAGCCGGGAUGAGCUUGGAGUGUGCCCGUGUUCCCAUGCUUUUCAUCAAAAGUGUUUAAUGAAAUGGUUAGAGAUCCGUAGUGUCUGCCCCAUGUGCAACACACCAAUGUGCAGCCUGGAGCCACGGACUUCACAAGCUACUGAGCAGGCACAGGGCCUCCUGGAGGUCUGAGACGGACUGCAAAUAAUACAUACACAACCUGCCAUUGCUUUUUAAAUGACACCAGUUACAUACAACAACAGCAGUACAGUAACAUAAUUACAAGAGAAGUCUUGCAGAAGGACUUUGUCAAAUGUGAGUGUGCUCUCAAAUAAUUGUUUAACUGCUCAUAGAUAUGGAUUAAAAAUCUUGUGUUAAAGCAAUUUUCUUCAAACUGUCUGAGAAAAAGUUGGAUUUAAAAAAAGCCAAAUACCCAGUGUUCCCACUGUCUGCAUGUUUUUUUUUUUUCAACAACUAUUCCACAGUCACUUUCAAUUUAUUGUGCACACCAUUUUGUUCACUUGUCUGCUUAAUUUAUGAGGCGCAAAAGCCAAAUAAAAAGGUUAACGCACAUUUACGUAGGAAAUUAAACUUAAGGAGACAUAAUUGUACAAUCUCUUAACAAUUUGAAUUAAAAGCUGACCUAUGACAAAUCUAAAUAAUAAUGUGUACAUCCUAUUUAUUAUUUACUUAUUUAGAAAUUUAAGGAAGUUGGUCCAGAAUUUGCCAGCCACAUUUAGUCUAAUUUUAAAUCGUUCUCAGUAGACCCUUGAAUGGGAAAAGUGGUAUAAUGUCUACAAAUAUGUUUAUAUGUACGCAUGUACAUUUAUAAAAUUGUAUUCGUAAUGGUUGACUUUUGUUCUUGGAAAAAAAAAAUCAAUACAAGCAUUAUAUCUGUCAGACCUUUUGCUCAUUUUGUGUCUUUCUUUUUUUCCCCCACUUGUUUUUUAUUCCCUUUUACAAAACCAAUCACAUUUACACCCAGUGUAUCGAAAUGACAGACAAAAAACCAAGGCAAGAUACACCAACAAAUCAGAAAGAAAAACAUGCAUAUAUAAGUUAAAUAAUAAAAAUAAAUAAAUAAAUAAAAAUAACACUAGUCUACAGUAACGUGGCCCAACCUUCAAUCUCUCCUGAAUAAUCCAGUCCACAUCAAAGUUCUUGUUUAUCGUUUGAAAUUGGUGCCCUCUUUUAUUUUCUAAAGUCUCUCCAUUUCUUCCAUUUCUCUUCAAAUUGACUUUCUUGUAGUCUUAAUCUAAACGUAAUUCUUUCCAUUUCACAUAGCUCUUCCACCGUACACAUCCACUGCUCCUCAGUUGGCUGAUCCACUUUACACCACAGUCUCGUGAUUGCUUUUUUACUUGCCGUCAGCAACACCUUAACAAGGUACUCAUCCUCCUUUUGAAUCAUUUCCCGAGUUAAGUUCCCCAAAUAAAGCACCCUGAAUGUUUUCGGAAUAGCAUAUCCUAUUAUUUUCCACAAAUCUUUCCAAAUUAUAUUCCAAUAUUCUUUUAUAUUCAGGCAAGACCAGAAUAUAUGCAAGUGUCCCACGUCCUUAUAGCUACAUGCUCUCCAGCAUGGUUGUUGAGUGAAUAUAAUUUUUUUCUUUUGCAGAGGACUUAUAAAAAAACGUACUAUAUUUUUCCAAUAAAUUCUCUCCAAACCUUGGAGCUAGUGGAUGUGCUCUGUGUCUCACACAUCUUUGACCAUUCUCCCUCGGUUAUUUGUGCUUUGAGUUCUUUCUCCCAUUUUUCUUUAAUGUACAGAGAUGUGUGCGUCUGACAUGACAUGAGUGCUUAAAAGAUGUUCAGAAAUAACUUUGCAUUUUUUCCCAUCAUAAACUUUCUUGAAUACCUUGAUAAUCUCAUUUUCAGUUUCACCCUUGACCUCUUUGUCAUAGUAGUCUUUCAAUUGUAUAUAUCUAUAAUUGUCCUCCUCUUCCAAUCCAAAUCUCUGCUUCAAUCUUUCAAAACUCUGCAGCUUGCCGCCUUCCACCACUUUAGUUAUUGCCGUUAUGCCUCUUUUUGCCCACCUCCUAAACCCUUUAUCAUUUAAUCCUGGUGUAAAAGUUUCAUCAAAUGCGAACCAACUCAGAAUUUUUGUUUCCCUUUCCAGAUUGUGCCUUUCCACCAGUUUUCCAUAUAUCCAUUGUAUUCUUAGUUAUCUCCCCCAGUUGGUUAUGCAGUAUUUUAAUCUGUUCCUUGUGUGCUAUUAAAUUCCGCAUCUCAAUAUUUGUUUUUCCUAAUUCAAUAUCUUUCCAUUUUGCAGAGUAACCUUCCUUGCACUAAUAAACCAAAGGUCUGAUUUGUGCUGCAAAGAAAUAUUCUUGCAGAUUUGGCAAUGACAAUCCACCCUUCUCCUUUGGCAGCUGCAGAGUCUUGAACUUUAUUCUUGGUCUUUUACCCCUCCAAAUGAACCGCGAGAUCCACUUGUCCCAUUCUACAAAUUGUUUUUUUGGAACUUUCACUGGCAGAGAUUGGAACAAAUACAAUAGUCUUGGCAAAACAUUCAUUUUGACCACUUCUAUCCUUGAACUCAGAUCAGUAACCAUAUCCGACCACCUCUCCAAGUCUUUUCUUAUUUCUUGGUUGAUUUUUGUAUAAUUUGCUUCAUAUAAAUUGUCCAUUCCCUUCGCUAUAUUCACACCAGAGGUUGCGCUAGACAUUUUCGUUGUCUGUCAUUUUGACUGACAGGGUCAUAAAAAUCCGGUCAUAGUCUAUUUUUACCCGUCACUUAAAUUUUUAAAAUGAUAAUGAUGACAUAUUCAAUAGUAUUUAGUUUUCAUUCAUUUUUAAUUAAUAUUGUAACGCUUGCUUGGCGGCGAAAAAUUAGACACGGAAGUCGUGGUAUUUUUCUCCCUUUUUACUCUGCUUACCGCCAACAACUCCGCCCCCAAAGAAAAGGAGGCAACGAUAUAGACCCCAAUCACCAACGUCACACAAUGAUCUUAAUUGUGGUUGUCAGCCCAAAAAUCUUCUAAAUAUAUAUUAAAUGCAUCUUACCAGAUAUAAAAAGACUACUACAUAGUCUGUGGUGAUCGUUUGGUGCCCAAAUUUCUUGUCGAAUUACAGCAGUCCAUCUCGCUCUCAUCUUCGCGUCUCUCAGAAUACGGUAGAACUUCAAGUCUCUCCGUCUAUCUUCUCUGUUACAGCAACCAACCGCCACACACGCCUUCACCAUUUUGAUUAUUAAUAUUAACGAGCAGAAAAACACGCCGUAAUAGGAGGCAUGUACGUAGCGGUAAUGUAUAAACAUGACGGGCUGACACACAAUAUGGCGGCUCCGGUCAGGGGGGCGGAGUUGUGAUGUCAUGUGAUUGGGGUCUAUACACAGGCGGGAAUCUUGUCCAUCAAUUGGAUGACGCACUGGCACACCGGGUGCACCAAUAAGAACCUCGCGUUGAUGUGUCAAUCACGGUGCCGCCGCCAGACCCCGGUUACGCUACAAUAUUCUGACAGAAUAGCCAACGACGUCAUGCAUUAAGAGAGACAAUAGCUAAUUAAUAUGCUAACUCGCCACCCUGUGGUCUGGGGUGUGAAUUGCAACCUGUCAAAAUGACUGACGGACUUCAGUUUUUUCCGUCACCGUUUUAAAAAACCGGUCAACGACGGAAAAUUUCCGGUUAACGCGACCCCUGAUUCACACCCAGGUAUUUUAUUGAUCCAGCUGUCCAAUUUAUUUUAUACAUAUCAUUUAUUUCCUGUGGUGGCACAUAGUUUAUUGUCAAUAUUUGAGUUUUGGAGAUAUUGACCUUAUAUCCCGAGUAUUUCCCGUAAUCCUCCAGUAGUCUCAUCAACUUUGGUAAGUUUUCAUUUGGUUGUCGCAGGUAGACCAAAAUGUCAUCUGCAAACAAUCCUAUUUUAUGCUCUUCCCUUCCAAUUGUCACUCCCUUGAUAUUACCCUGUUGUCUUAUCAUUUGUGCUUAUGGUUCAAAGACCAACGCAAAAAGAGUUGGGGAAAGGCCACAUCCCUGCCUCGUCCCUCGUGCCAAUUUGAAAUUUCCAGUCAGGCUGCCAUUUAUCUUAAUUCUUGCAUGUGGGUCCUGAUAUAGGGAUCUAAUGCAAUUAAUAAAUCUUUCAUCAAAACCAAAUUUUUGCAUUACUGUAAAGAGAAAGGCCCAAUUAACACUGUCAAAGGCCUUUUCCGCGUCUAUGCUUACCAAGAUUGCACUUUCUCCUUUAUUUUGUAUUUCCUCCAUGAUAAGGAGUGUCCUUCUAAUAUUAUCUUGUGUUUGUCUUUCCCUGAUGAAGCCUAUCUGGUCUUCAUCUAUCAAAUCAUGCAUAAAUGUCUCCAUUCUCUUCGCUAUUAUUGAUGUAUAUAGUUUAUAGUCCACAUUCAAAAGUGAAAUGGGCCUGUUGUUACAACAUUGCUCUCUAUCUUUACCUUUAGGAAUAAUUGAAAUGAUGGCUUCUUUCCAGGAGGGGGGGGGGGUUUUCCUGUCCUAAGAGUAUAAUUAAAUGAACACUGUAAAACUGGAGUUAACUCCUCUCUGAAUGUUUUAUAAAAAGAAGCCCCAAAUCCAUCUGCACCUGCCGAUUUUCCUGGUUUUACUUGGCUUAUUGCCUUUUGUAUCUCCCCCAUUGAAAUUUCCGAUAUCAACAUCACAUUUUGUUUUAUGCCUAUCUUUGGUAAAUCCAAAUUAUCUAAAAAUUUGGUCAUAUAUUCUCCUCCUUCCGACCACGGUUGAGAAUAUAGUUUACGAUAAUAGUCUUCAAAUAUUUCUCCAAUUUCCUCAGGGUCAUAUGAAAUUUUAUUGGUUAUUGGGUCCCUCAUUUUAUGGAUACCAUUUAACUCUUGUUGUCUCGUAACACGCCUUGCCAAUAUUUUGGUUGCUUUUGAUCCUCCCUCAUAGUAAGUUUGUUUAAGGAAUCUUGCCUUUUUUUCCACCUCAUCCAGAAAAAUAUGAUCAAUGUUUUUUCUAAUCUUCUUCAUCUCGUUACACAAAUCUGGAUCAUUCGUCUCUUUAUGUUGUUGUGUGUUGUGUUCAAUCUGGCCCGUUUUGUGAAUGUGGCGUACGAGAUCAGCCUCCCUCCAAGUACUGCUUUUAGGGCAUCCCAAAAAAUUACUGGAUCCACCUCCCCAUUAUCAUUAUCUUUCCUAUAACUAUUUAUUUCCCCUUUAAUUUGUUCAACCAAGUCUUUGUUGUUCAAAAUACCGUCAUUAAGUCUCCAUAAUGUAUUUCUCCUUCUAUUGUUCAAGUGAAUUUUCAGAUAAAUUGUGCUAUGAUCUGCUAUGUCCGUCACUCCUAUUUUACAUUCUCUCACUCUAUGCAUACCCCUUUUAUUCAUAAGAAAGAAAUCAAUUCUGGAAUAUACUCCAUGUGCAGCUGAAUAGUGAGUGUAAUCUCGAGUCUCUGGGUGCAGUUUUUGCCACACAUCUGAAACAUCCAUUAGUGACAUCAUUCUAUUCAUAUACUUAUUAAUUUUGUGUUUCUUAUUUCUCUUUACACUUGUCGUAUCCAGUUUGUAGUUCAAUAUCACAUUAAAAUCACCCCCACAUAGUAAGAUUCCUUCCAUUUCCAAAUUUAUCAUAUCAAAAAUCUUCUCAUACACCUUUUUGUCACUUUCUGGAGGGGCAUAUAUGUUAAACAGUGUCACCAAUUGAUUUUCUAAUUUCCCUAUUACCAUGAUGUACCUUCCCUUCUUAUCUCUAAUUUCCUUUUUCAGUUCAAACUGCACCUUGUUAGAAAUCAAUAUCAUCACUCCCCUCUUGUGAUUUUGUCCAUAUGAGCUGGAGAAUGAGUUACUGUAACUUAACUUUUUAUAUGUUUCAUGCUCUUCCCGUGUUAGGUGUGUUUCCUGGAGAAA